AUGGGACGAGGCCUGCGCAAACGCCCCAAGUGCACACAGAACAUCCCUUCCUCCCGCGACAUUCCCUCCCCCGACGACGGCGACACCAUGACACUACCACCCGCAGAAGCGAUGCUUGCAGAGACGCCGUCGGCCCUCGACGCAGCGUCCAGCGACGGCUCCCUCAAGCGCUCGAAACCAGACGACGUCUCCGACGGUGGUGGUGAAUGGCAGACUGUCUCGCGACCCACCAAGAAGGCCAAGAAAAUACCCAAGCAAGGCAAAGGCUCCUAUCCGAGCAUCACCUUCUCGCCGAAUGCGCGCCUCAACGCCAAGAUCUCGGUGAACAACCUGCGCGACCUGGUGACGUACAUUUACGCCGACGGGCCCGCGCCGCAGUGGGUGGCUGUCUCGCAUCGACCCGAGUUCCGCAAGAUUGUCACCAUCAUGGUGCCUGGCCUGGAGGAGGCCAUGUUCAAGGCGAGCGUGGAUUUUGACACGUACAACGACAAGACUGAGGACCGGGAGGAGGAGGAGGAGGAGGAGGAGAAGAUCAUGACAUCGCCGGACGAUUACUAUCCCAGGAAGCUCUCCAAGGAGAGACUGCCAGAGGCGCUCCAGCCAUUUGCAGACAUCUUCCCGCAUCUGUGGCCGGUCAAGACCCCUGGCGAUGACAAGAAUGGCAAGAUGCAUUCGCCAAUGGCCGCAUUCCUCACGGCGCCCACACCCAAGGACGGGCCCAAGAAGGCAGGCGGCGUCAAGCCUGCGCGAGAGCCCAAUGGCUGGAAGAAUGAGAGGACACCCAUCACGUCCUUCAUCGCGACGGCCGAGCAGCUCACGGAAAAUGGAUACCUAGUCCAUCCAGCAUUACUACCCGAGGGCGAGGCACGCGACACGUUUGCCGCGCCGGAGGGGUGGGUCAUCACCAAGGUCAAUGAUAUCUCCGAGGGCGAGGUCCCCGACAAGGAGAUUCAGCAAGGCAGCAUCACCGCCGGACGGGAUGUGCUCGCCCUGGACUGCGAGAUGUGCAUGACCGGCGAGAAGGAGUUCUCCCUGACCCGCAUCAGUCUCGUCGACUGGGCCGGUGACGUGGUAAUGGACGAGCUCGUCAAACCCGACAAGCCCAUCAUCGACUACGUGACGCAGUUCUCAGGCAUCACUGAGGAGAUGCUCCGGCCCGUCACGACCACCAUCAGAGACAUCCAGCAGAAGCUACUCGAGAUCCUGCACCCGAGAACCAUCCUCAUCGGCCACUCGCUCGAAUCCGACACAAAGGCCAUGCAGCUCGCCCACCCCUUCAUCGUCGACACAUCCAUUCUCUACCCCCACCCUCGCGGGCCUCCACUCAAGUCCUCUCUCAAGUGGCUCGCGCAAAAGUACCUCUCGCGCGAGAUCCAAAAAGGCGGCGCGGCAGGCCACAACUCCAUCGAGGACGCCAAGACCUGCCUCGACCUCACCAAGCAGAAAUGCGAAAAGGGGCCGCAAUGGGGCACCAGCGACGCCCAGGGCGAGAACCUCUUCCGCCGCCUCGCGCGCGCCGGGACGACCUACAAAGCCCAGGGCGGCCAGGAAGCCGUCGGCGGUCUCGAGGUGGGCAAGACCAGCGCGGCCGUCGACUGGGGCGACCCGAAGCGCGGCGCGGGCAACGGCGCGACAUACCAGCUCGGAUGCAAGGACGACGAGGAGGUCACGCAGGGCGUCAUCCGCGCUGUUCACGGUGACGCGGACGGUAAGGAGAUUCGCGGCGGGGGCGUGGACUUUGUCUGGGCGCGCAUGCGGUCCCUCGAGGCGCAGCAGGGCUGGUGGAAUCGCAACCGUGUCGGCGCCGCCUCUACCACGGGAGGACCGCCCGUCAGCGCGGAGACGGACGCAGCGACACUGGAGCAAAGUCUACGCGACGUGUCUGAUCGCUUGGCCCGCAUACACGCGGCUCUGCCGCCGUGCACGGCCUUCAUCGUGUUCAGCGGCUCAGGGGAUCCGAGAGAGAUGGCCAGGCUGCAGCAGAUGCAGGCACAGUGGAAGAAGGAGUAUAAUACCCCCGGCAAAAAGUGGGAUGAGCUGAGUGUGAAGUGGACAGAUGUCGAGGAGCAGGCGCUCAAAAAGGCGGCGAGAAAGGCCAGGUCAGGGAUAGGCUUCAUCUCCGUCAAAUGA